CUCCCUGUGACCCCCCCAGCCUCCCCACCAGGCGUCGGGGUGGGUGCUGCCUCCUCGGGGUGCCCCGUGGCGCUGAGUGCAGCGCCCUGCUGCUUUCACUUCCCCUUCCCGGCCCGGGGAAUGUGCCAGGUGCCUGGGCGGGGGGACACCCCAGUCGGGGGUGUAGGGCACGUGUCUGCCCUGGCGUCACCCCAAAGCUGGGGCCGGGAGGGUGCCCGGCUGCGUGGCACGGCGGGGUGCCCCGGGGCAGGGUGGGGGGAUUGCUGGGCAGGGCGGACGGGGUGACAUCUCCAGGGCAGGAUCUGGACCAGCCGGUAGCGGGGGAUUCUUGAGAUGGGACUCUUGGGAGGGUGCUGGUUUCUACAGGACUGGGGGGGGAUAUGCAGGGAGCAGCUCCAGAAGGGUCAUGGCCAUGGGGCAGGGGCAAAGGACCCCCAUCCUGAGGAUCCCCCACACCCCAGGCAAUGGGAGCCACCCUGUGGUGCCCGAGCAAAGGGCCCUUCCUGGGAGUGGUCCUGGGAGCAGGAUGAGGGGUAUCUACUGGUUAUGGAACCCUUGGGAAGCAAGAUGAAGGGUGUCAGUGGGAACCCCAUGGGUCAGGGUGAUCCUGGGAGCAGGAUAAUGGGUUACUAUUGGUCAUGGAACCCUUGGGAAGCAGGAUAAGCGGUGUUGGUGGGAUCCCCAUGGGUCAGGGUAGUCACGGUAGCAGCAUAGUGGGUGUCCAUUGAUCAUGGAAGCCUUGGGAAGCAGGAUGAGGAGUGUCUAUGGAACCCCAUGGUUCAGGGUGGUCACAGAACAGGAUGAGGAGUGUCUGUGGGAAUCCAUGGGUCAGGAUGGUCAUGGGACCAGGAUGAGGAGUGUCUGUGGGGUCCAAAUGGGUCAAGGUUCAUGGUGGUGGUGUGGUGGCCAUGGGAGUUCCACAGUCCCAAGAGGGAGGUCCCAUUCCAUCCUAUCCCAUUCCAAACCUUGUUCCCACUGCCAGCCCCAUGGAGGCGGGGCCCAAUCCUUCCCGCCCCUGGCCAUGGGGCUCAGCCCCACAGCAUUUAGGGACCCCCACCCCAAGCCUCGGCAGUGCCUGCCUGGCCUCGUGCUCCUCCAGCUUCCACACAAGCUCCCAGGUAAGUGCUUCGGGGUCCCCAAAACUGGCACUCCCUGCAUGGCACUCCUUUGACAUCUUCCAUGCUUGUGGGGCACGGUGGGGUUCCCUUGAGGAAGGGUGGGUGUUUGGGCACAGAGAAGAAGAGGGUGCAGCUGAGGGGCUGCAGCUCUGCCCCCCAGAUUUGGGGGUGUCUUGUCCCUGAGGUCCCCAUAGGUGACCCUACAUCAGCAGGGCAGCCUGGGCAGGUCAGUGUCUGGAGGAUGGUGAUUAUCCUGGGAAUCCCAGGCAUCUCCCAGGGCCUCCGGCAGCUGCCCUGGCUUGAGUCACCCCACAACCAGGACGGCCCCGAGCACCAAGCUGCCCUUCAAAGGUGCUGUGGUUGGCUCCUAUUGGGAUCAAGCCGGCAUCUCCAGCACUUCCAUCCUGGCAUAACCCACCCAGUGUCUCUCUCCAGGGCCACCACACUCUCCAUGGAGACCAGCAGCUCCUUCCAACAGCUUGGCAUGCAGCAGCGCCCUGAGCCGCCCAGGCAGCAGCUCCCGGGCUAUGGCAAGUGCAGCACCACAGGCGGUGAUCCUGGCAAAGAUCCUGGGAAAGCUGCUGGGUGCAGUGGAGGCAGCGGGAUCGGGAAGGGGCCAGUGCCAAUGGUCUGCAGCACUCCAUGUGGGAACCCCUACGCGGGGCUGGUGAGCCACCUGCGGGCAUCCUGGAACUCGGGGAAGACGCGGCCCAUGGAAUACCGUGUGGCCCAGCUGGAGGCUCUGGGACGAUUCCUGGAUGACAAGAAGCAGGAGAUCCUGGAAGCCACUGAGUUGGACAUGGGCAAGCCAUCCUUCGAGGCAUUCUUCAGCGAGAUCCUCCUCUGCAAGAACGAGCUCAAUGUCACCCUCAACAACCUGUCCCACUGGAUGAAGGAUGAGUACGUGGACAAGAACCUGGUGAUGCAGCUGGACUCUGCCUUCAUCCGCAAGGACCCCUAUGGGGUGGUGCUCAUCAUAGCGCGGCGCGUGGCCUGGGGCCGCUUCUUCAACGCGGGGCAGACCUGCAUCGCACCCGACUACCUGCUCUGCACCAUAGAGAUGCAGGAGAAGCUCAUGCCUGCCCUGCGUGAGGCCAUCACUGAGUUUUUUGGCCCCAACCCCCGAGAAUCCCCGGAUUUUGGCCGCAUUGUGAGUGACAAGCAGUUCCAGCGCCUCCGGGCACUGCUGUGCAGCGGGCGUGUGGCCAUCGGGGGACAGACGGACGAGGCAGAGCGCUACAUUGCUCCCACAGUGCUGGCGGACGUGCUGCCCUCGGACCCUGCCAUGCAGGAGGAGAUCUUCGGGCCCAUCCUGCCCAUUGUCGUCAUCGCCAACAUGGAUGAAGCCAUUGAUUUCAUCAACGCACGGCCGCGGCCACUGGCCCUCUACGCCUUCUCCUGUGAUAGCAAGAUAGUGAACCAGGUCCUGGAGCGGACGAGCAGCGGAGGCUUCUGUGGCAACGACACCCUGAUGCAUGUGACACUGACCUCUCUGCCCUUCGGAGGCAUUGGGAACAGUGGCCUUGGAAGAUACCAUGGGAAGUUAACCUUUGACACCUUCUCCCACCACCGUGGCUGCCUGCACCGGAACAUGGGGCUGGAGACCCUCAACACCCCGCGCUACCCCCCCUACACCCAGCAGAAGUUGGGGCUCCUCACAACCACCUUUGAGGUGAAGCGCAGGGGCACCUGCACCCUGCUCUGAGGCUGCCAUGUCCUGCUCUGAGGAUGCCAUGGAGUCAGCGUGGAGAACUGGGACCAUCCCCCUGUCCCUCUUCACCACACUCCCCACUUCCUCACCGUGUCCUUUGCUUUGCUGGAAUGUGUCGGACAGCCAGGAUGGACAUUCCCUCCUGCAGUCUUGUGGCCUCUGCUCUGAACCAUUUUCCAGGACACAGCAGAAAUGACCAAAAACCUUUCCUUCAAACCUCUUUCUGGUGGAGAAGUGCUCCCAUCAGUUCCAUCUUGCCUCACGUGGACUUUUCCUUUGGAAUGAACCUCUCUGCCUCCUCACUGUUGCUCUUUGCUCCGUGUAACUCUGCCUGUAAUAAAGACUUCGCAUCAAACUCUC